GUCCUCUCAGUGAACACAGUCUGUUAAGCAGCAGUUUAUCGACAGGAAGCUACAGAUCCUCUCUUAUUAUCUCUAAAUCUGAUGAUAUUCAACACAACCACUUAGUGAAACGUCCGGUUGUAAAGUCAAAUGCUUGCGGACACGUCUACACAUCGCUGCCUCAGCUAACGCGAGCUAACGGGAUGCUAUUUCUCUAGCUAGGCUAAGCUAAGCUAAGCUAGCUGCGGCUGCCGCUCCGCUCCUUCCCCGCAGUCAUGAGCGAAGAUGACGGCUCGGCUCCGGCCAACAAGGACCGGGACUCCACGCUGCUGCUCACCAAGGACGGGCAGCGGUACUACGUGAGCAAGGCCGGGGUGGUGGACAGCCGGAACGUGGUCACCCCCCACGAACCGGACAACAACAACGCGUCCUCCUACGACAUGGACGACCCGGACGAGGAGAGCGACAUGCUGGACACCUCGGACCCGCGGGACGGCGCCGCCAGCCCGGAGGAGCUGAACGACGAGGACAUGUCGGAGGGCGACAACAACAACGCCCCCAAGCAGUGCACGUACGACGGCUGCACGGAGACCACGUCGCAGGUGGCCAAGCAGCGGAAGCCGUGGAUGUGCAAGAAGCACCGCAACAAGAUGUACAAGGACAAGUAUAAGAAGAAGAAGAGCGACCAGGCCAUGUCCAGUGGGAAGAUAGACGAGAACUCUGAGGAGCGGCCGGUGUCUGUGAACAAGCAGCGACUUGGUGCCAUGGGGGACCGACCGGCCAGACCCUCCCUGAUAGAGCAGGUCCUCAACCAGAAGAGACUGUCACUGCUCCGGAGUCCAGAGGUGAUCGGGUUCCUGCAGCAGCAGCAGCAGCUCCUGGCCACACAGAACCGCAGCCAAUCACAGGGACAGUUCCCGGGCUGUUGACAGCGGCUGGUGGACGUGAACGCUGGCAUUUGAUGCAUAAAGGGAAACGUUACGAUACUGAAACAAUUCUCCAGCCGCGGUGAGACAGAUGAACUGAACUCACCGGAUCUUAAAGGCAGGACUAACCAUCCAAUCAGAACGUGUCUGGUGCUGUUUAUGUGGUUUGAUUUCCUAAAUACAAGAUAUUAGAGUUCACAUCCAUUAUUUAUUCCUAAUUUGGCAAAAAGAAUCAAAACUCUGGAUUAUAAAUGUCGAGUUUAAAUUGCUCAGAUGAUUUAAAAACGUGAUUCUCCUGGACUAGAUUCUUUGUUUGUUGUUGUGCUAUUUAUUUAGUGUUAUUUAUGGAGUCGUAUUCAUGCAGUACUCUUGAGGUUUUUAAUGUUUACGUUUGUGCAGUGCAUUCCCGUAGCCUCGUUUUUAUUCAGAUGGUGCUCCAUGACAUUUGUAACACAAAACUUUUAUCAUGUCACAGAACAAUCAAUUCAAACUGUGUACAAAAAUGAAUUCAAAUGAAGUUUGAUGGGAUGCAUGGUGGUGUGUACAAAUUAAACUGCGUAUUGUGUGUUA